AUGAAUGAGGAGGGUGAGGGACUUCAUCAGCAACUGCCAGUUGAAGUCAGGAAUGAAGACAUGAGGCGAAACCUCAGGAAACAAGGCAGACAUAAGAGGCAGAAAGGAAGCCACAUGGACGAGAAGAGGGAUCAACCCGUACCUUGCCAAGGGAGGGAUUCCCAUGAAGUAAUUCACAUGGUGGAGGACAUAUACAAGUGCUUGGAGUGUGCAAUGAGCUUCUCAGAUAAAACCCAAUAUAAUAUCCAUUUGCGAAUGCACAGUGCAAAGGAGAUCCAUCAAUGCUUGGAGUGUAAAAAGAGCUUCCUUUGUAGAGCAGAGCUCCAAAUACAUCAACAAACACAUGCAGGAGAGAAACAGUAUAGGUGCUCAGACUGUGGCAAGAGUUUCUCACAAUCACAGCUUCUUGUGCACCAAAGAAUCCACACAGGGGAGAAACCUUUUGAAUGCUCAGAGUGCGGAACAAGAUUCAGGCGGAGUAGCCAUCUGCAGCAGCAUCUAAGAACCCACACAGGGGAGAAACCUUUUGAGUGCACAGAGUGUGGAAAGAGAUUCAGUUCAAGUGGCAAUCUUCAACAGCAUCUAAGAACCCACAACAGGGAGAAACCUUUUGUAUGCUCAGAGUGUGGAAAGACAUUCCAUCACAGAUGCAGUCUUCAACAGCACCUAAGAACCCACACAGGGGAGAAACCUUUUGAAUGCUCAGACUGUGGAAAGAGAUUCAGUCACAGUUGCAGUCUUCAACAGCAUCUAAGAAUCCACACAGGGGAGAAACCUUUUGAGUGCUCCGAGUGUGGAAAGAGAUUGCGUGACAGUAGCAAUUUUCGACGGCAUCAAAGAACCCACAGAGGUGAGAAACCUUUUCAAUGCUCAGAGUGUGGGAAGAGGUUAAGUCAAAGUGGCCAUCUGCAACAGCAUCUAAGAACCCACACAGGGGAGAAACUUUUUGAAUGCUCAAAGUGUCAAAAGAGAUUCAGACGAAAUUGUGACCUUCAAAGACAUCUAAGAACCCACACAAAUGAGAAACCUUUUGAAUGCUCAGUGUGUAGGAAGAAAUACAGUCAGAGUUGUGACCUUCAGAAGCAUCUAACAACGCACACUGGUGAGAAAUUAUUUGAAUGUCCUGAGUGUGGAAAGAGAUUCAGUAGGAGCCGCAAUCUUGAACAGCAUCAAAGAAUCCAUAGAGAGGAGAAACCUUUUGAAUGCUCUGAAUGUGGAAAGAGAUUCAGUUGGUGUUACCAUCUUCAGCGGCAUCAAGGAACCCAUAGACAGGAGAAACCUUUUGAAUGCUCAGAGUGCGGAAAGAAAUUCAGUCACAGUAGCAAUCUUCUAAAGCAUCAAAGAACCCACACAGGGGAGAAACCUUUUGAAUGCUCAGAAUGUGGAAAGAGAUUCAACCAGAAAGGCCAUCUUCACAAGCAUUUAAGAACUCACACAGGGGAGAAACCUUUUAAGUGCUCAGAGUGUGGAAAGAGAUUCAGUCAGAGUGGCAAUCUUCAACAGCAUCAAAGAACCCACACAGGGGAGAAACCUUUUGAGUGCUCAGAGUGUGGAAAGAGAUUCAGUCAGAGUGGCAAUCUUCUACAGCAUCAAAGAACCCACACAGGGGAGAAACCUUUUGAGUGCUCAGAGUGCGGAAAAAGAUUCAGUCGGAGUGACAGUCUUCAACAACAUCAAAGAACCCACACAGAGGAGAAGCCCCAUAAUUGCUUGCAGUGUGGAAAGAGCUUCCUCUGCGGAGAGGAUCUCAUCACACACCAAAGAAUCCAUAUAGGAGAGAAACUCCGAGUGUGGGGACCAUCAGUGAAGAUGGAAGCUACAUUCUCUGAGGCCGAAGAAGCUCCGUUGGAGAAAGGGCAGAGGGAGCAGGCCCAGAGUGCCCUCUCGUGUGGCAGUGGAGAGACAUCGUCCAGCCAUCGUCUUUGCAAAGGUGUGGAAAUGGCUGCUGCACCUCCAGUUGAGGAAGCCAGGAAUGUAAGCGAGACUACAGUGGAGACAGACAAAGGCCUUGCAUCUGAAGAAAGGCUGGAGAGUUUCUCCGGAGGAUCUCAAAUGAGUAUUUCCUUCCCAGAUGACCCGGCUACGACGGAAGGGAUCGAGGAGACGGUUGAGGAAUUCCGGGAGUGCUCAUUGGAAGGAGACAAGGAAGAAGAGUCUGAAUGUAACUUCCGGGAUCGAGAUGGACCAGAGAGGCAGGAAGGAAACCGUGGAGAGAAGACACAGGGGAAAGCCAUUCCUUGUCAAGGAGAGGAUGUCCGUGAAGUAAUUCACAUGGUGGAGGAGGAAACUCACGAAUGCUUGGAUUGGGGAUUGAAUUCCUCAGAUCAAACUCAAUAUGAUAUUGAUUUGCAAAAGCACCCUGCGAAGAAGGCCCAUAGUUGCUUGCAGUGUGGAAAGAGCUUCCUCUGUGGAGAAGAACUCAUGAAACACCAAAGAAUCCAUAUAGGAGAGAAGCUGUAUUGCUGUCCAGGAUGUGACGAGAGGUUCUCAGAGCAAUCAAAACUUAUCCUACACCAGAGAGAGAGAGACCACCAUUCAGGAGCAGAUCCAUUGAUCUGCUCAGAGAGUGGGAAGAGUUUAUUUGAUGGGAAGGCACAUGAAACACUUUCCACACAGAAAGCAGUUAAGUCCAGGUCACAUCUCCUUUUGCACCAAACAACCCAUGCAGAGGAGAAACCUUUUGAAUGUCCCGAGUGUGGAAAGAGCUUCCUCUGUGGAGAAGAUCUCAUCGCACACCAAAGAAUCCAUAUCGGAGAGAAGCUGUAUUGCCGCCCAGAAUGCGACGAGACGUUCUCAGAGAAAUCAAACCUUAUUCAACACCAGAGAGAGAGUUCCCACCAUUCAGGAGGAGAGCCACUGAUCUGCUCAGAGAGUGGGAAGAAGACCAUCUUCAAGAACAUCAUCAGAGAACCCACACAGGUUACCCAACAGAUGCGAAAGGAGAUGGAAGAGGAGGACCUGGAAUAA